AUGGGCCGGCCGGCCAGUCGCUCGCCUGGCCCCAACUGGGUGCGCGCCAGCAUCGCCCUUGGCUCUGCCGACGUGCGAACGACGGCAAUGGAGCGAUGCUCGAUUUCGGCCAGAGUUCGGAAUUCCGUUCGGCAGCUUUGCUGUUAUGGUUCAAGAGGCUGUAAACUAUAUGCGAAUGUCAGCGUUUGCUCGUUAGAAGAACGCCUACCGGAUCUCAUUGAGGAGUGGAAAGACGAUCAGGAUCCACGAAUCCCGGACCGAAAUCGCUACGUACCGGAAGAGGAACGUGAUGAGGUGGAGCGUAUCACCAGAGAGGCAAAGCUGGCCAGACGUCAACGAGAUGCGGCGAAACGAGCAGAAGAGGAAGCAUUAGGAAUGUGGGAUGAAUGA